AUGUGCUCUCUUGCAGCCGGUGCAGCUCGCACCUGGGUGUUCGGAAGGCCUUUCUUCCUGUCUCAAAAGCCCUCGGCUCGGACUGUGACCACUCGCGCUACCUCAUACACACUCAACACCGACGCGAGGAUCCCGGCGCUCGGCUUCGGCACAUUCCAAGAUCCGGAUUCCCAGGAAGAGACUGUCAGUCAGGCCUUGCAAAAAGGCAUGCGUCUGAUUGAUACAGCUCGGGUGUACAAUGUUGAAAAGCAGGUUGGAAGGGGAAUCAAGACGAGUGGUGUUCCCCGUGAAGACAUUUUUGUUAGCACAAAGUUGUGGUGCAAUGACUACCACCCUGAUGAUGUGGAGAGGGCUUUGGAUGACUCCCUGAGAGAUUUGGACACGCCAUAUGUUGACCUUUUGUUGAUGCACUAUCCUUGCACCUUCAAGCGGGGGCCUGACCGAUUCCCUCGGAAUGCCGAAGGCAGGAUGAUUCCAGGCGAAACCACUUAUGUCGACACGUGGAAAGCAAUGGAAAAAUUAACCAAAACCAAGGCCAAAGCCAUCGGAGUGUCAAAUUUCAGCAAGGGCGAAGUUGAGACUUUGCUCCAGGAGACUUCCACAGUCCCGGCUGUUCACCAAAUGGAAACCCACCCCUAUUUGCAGCAGACGGAAUUCAACAAGUGGCUGCGGACAAAGCAAAUUCACGUUAUCCAGUUCAGCCCCCUGGGUAACAUGAAUGACUUCUACCGCCAGACCGGAUGGUCCAAGGAGAUCGCGCACAUGAUGCGGGUUAUUGACCAGCCAAUUCUGAAGGAGAUUGGCCAGAAGUAUGGCAAGACCCCUGUGCAGGUGGUGCUUGCAUGGGGAAUCAACAGCGACCGUUCUGUCAUCCCAAAAAGUGUUGUUGACUGGCAGAUUGAAGAGAACUUGGCGGCUGAUUUUGAGCUGCAACCUGAAGAUAUGGCCUGUAUUGCAACUCUGGAUGCGAAAGCUCGCUUCAAUGACCCCAGCUUGGAUUAUGAGUGGCGUUUGUACAAUGACUUGGAGGGCAUUGACGGCACCAUGAGAGGGAGGACUCACUAAUUGAUGUUUCUUUUUUAUUUUAUGUUUCUUUUCCGAGGGCGUUUGAAGAAAAUGUGUAGAGACUAUGCAAAAGGCAUGUUUUCAUCGCCCUGAAGUUCAACAUGCU